CAGGUUCUAUUGGAAGUAGUAGCGGUAUUGCAGCGAAUCUUACUAGUGGUGGUAGCAGUAGUGGCGGUGGCACUGCAGGCAGUGUUGGUAAUACUAUUAGCGCUCCAGGCAGUGGAUCGAGUGGAGGAGCUGCAGGUGCUGGUCCCAGACGUCAGGGUAGUUUUACGAAUGUUUUUUCGAAAAUAAUUGAUGGUAUGCCAGCCAGUACAAUGUUUUCGAAAUUCAAGAGUGUCAAUACCCCCGUUACACAACAAACUGUCAUCGAAGGUAAUCCGAUUAAGCAAUAUUUCGAUAUUGGCAAACAAGUGGCUUGUGCUGGUCCCGAGUUAGCUUGGAAAAUACACGAUGGCAGUCGGAAGAGUGAUGGGAAGGAAUGCUCAAUAUUUGUGUUUGAGAAAAAAGUUGCCGAAAAAUUACACAAACCCAGACGCAAGGAAACAAUAACGGAAAUUUUAAAAAAUUCAGUUAAAAAUUUAGAAAGAUUUCGACAUCCUAAGAUGCUUCAAAUUUAUCAUACGGUAGAGGAAUCUUCAGAAACAUUGGCUUUUGCCACCGAACCAAUUUUUGCAAGUCGCAAUAUAUUAGCGUUUCAUGAAUCCAAAACAUAUGAAAAUGUCAUCCCACCAAAUACUGGCAAUAAUCAGUCAAUGCAACAAUCACAAACACCAACGCCCAUGAGGCCAACACAUGCCAAAGACUAUACAUUUUUGGAUAUUGAAUUAAAAUGUGGAUUUUUACAGUUAAUAGAAGCAAUAACAUUUUUACAUUACUCUGGGCAUGUUAUACAUCGGAAUAUCUGUCCAUCCUCAAUAUUAAUUACAAAACGGGGUACCUGGAAAUUAGCUGGUUUAGAAUUUUUAGAAAGAAUGAAUGAGACUGAUAUAAAUGAAUCCAUCACAUGUCAACCGUGGACAACACGCAGUUCAAAAAUGGCCCAGCCAAAUUUGGAUUUUAUGCCACCUGAAACUCAAAUACAUUCCAAAUGUAGUCUUCUUAGUGACAUGUUUUCUUUAGGUUUAGUAAUCUGUGCUGUUUUUAACAGAGGACGUCCCAUUAUCCAAGCAGGCAAUAUACCAGCCAACUAUAUUAAACAAUUGGAAAUGUUGGAUGAUAAUGUACAAAAAAUGUUACCAAGAGUUCCAGUGCCAUUGCAAGAAGCCACAUCACGUCUAGUAAAUCGAGAUCCAACCGCAAGACCAACAGCCCAACUGUUACAAUUGAUUAAGUACUUUGUUGAUCCGGCGGUAAAUGCCCUCAAGUUUCUUGAUGUGGUUAACAUGAAGGAUACAUCACAAAAAUCCCAAUUUUAUAAAGUCACAUUAAUGGAAAGCAUGCCGCUGAUACCCAAGAAAUUGUGGUGGCAAAAUCUUUGGCCUAUGCUGCAGUCGGAAAUUAGCAAUGGCGAAGUGUUGGCAGCAGUUUUACACCCUGUCCUCACUCUUUUGCAGGAAUCUUCGAAAACUGAAUACGAAGCUGUUAUGGCACCAACUAUGAAAAUCAUUUUAAAUGGACCCAAAUCUAUACAAGCAACUGUUACUUUACUAGAGAAUUUACAUUUGAUUAUUGAUAAAACACCAACAGAGGAUGUCACUACGGAUAUUAUGCCAAUGUUAUUUGCAUCCUUUGAAAGUUCCACCAUACAAGUGCAGAAUGCUGCGGUAGUUGCGGUUACAAAUGUUUAUGACAAUAUUACAGAAGCGUCAAUUAAACGUAUGGUUUUGCCUAAAGUUAAAUCGGUUUUCGAAAAGAAUCUCACCGAUCCCAAAAUUGUACAAAAUGUAUUGAUUUGUGUAGAAAGUCUGAUGGACAGAAUGGAUAAACCAGAGGUAACGGAAGAAAUUUUAUCGAUACUUGCUGGUGUGGAAAUACCAGAUCCAGAUUUAAUAAUGCGUUCUGUGCGUAUUUAUCAGCGUAUGUUCUUUGAUGUUUCGUAUAAUUUAACAACCGAAGCAAUUGCCAAUAAUGUGUUGCCUUUGCUGAUACCACAUACGAUAAAUCCACAUUUAUCAUUGGAACAAUAUUGUCUUUUACUCGAGGCAAUUCAAUCAUUUUUGGAAAAUAUUGACCGACAACAACGCAAUCGCUUGAAAAUGGAGAACAUAUCAAUAUCAUCACCGGAACGUCAUCGCAUCUUAAGGCAUCAGUAUUCAACGGAUAAUAUGAAUGCAAUACCACCAUUUAAUAUACCCAAUUUACGCAUUGAUCAACGUAAAACAUCCAGUGCCGAAGAUAUGGCAAGAAAAAAUUCUGGUGGCUCUGGUAUGUUGGGUGGCUGGUGGUUUGGCUGUUCGCCCUCAUCGCCGGAUAGUAAUUUUCUACGUGUGGCGAAUGCAUUUCCCAAUCGUCGUUUAUCAGACAAUACAUUAAUGACACCAAAAAUACGUAUUGCACCUUCAUGUGCUUCCUCGCCGGGUGGUACGCCCGGCAGUGGUUUGCCAACGCGACGUCAUUCCAGCAUUGGUCCACAGGAGAGACGUGGCUCAACAAUAAAUCUAUCGCCACCUACGGCGUAUGGUUUUGGUGCAAGAGGUGGCUCAGGAUCAAGUCUUUCGGUUCCCUCAUCGUCUGUUUAUGUA